AUGCCGAACCAUGCUAGCCACGGACCGAAUGACGGCCCGACCACGAGUGCUACUACCACCCCUGACGGCGAUGACGCUGUAAGAGGCGAUGAUGAGUUUGAUGAUGCGGGAGGCGAUGUUAUAGAGCUUCCUGCCGGUGAUGAUCAGUGGAAUGACUCCUCUUGGAGUCGCUGGGGAGAUCGUGAGUCUCAGUCGUGGGGAAGCGACCGAGCACAGUACGGUCAGCGAUGGGACACUGACGCGAGCAUCGGCUGGGGACGGCGCGCUAGCUGGGAUGCGACGACUGCUACGACCGGUGCGGCCGCUGACCGCUGGAGCAACUCCAGCGAGGACCCUUGGUCACACGGUCGUGACCCUUGGACAGGAGCUCGAGACGAUGAUUGGCAAGCACGCGACCACGGAUGGCCGGGAGCUCAAGGAGAUACCUGGGCGGAUGGUCGAGCCGGCCGUUUCCAAGGGGGCGAUCAUGUUGACCGAGGAUCUGGAGCAUGGGGCGAAGGGCGAGUCUUCGAGGAAAAGGGGCUCGCUUGGAAUGGCUGGUCCCACUACGACAAUGGCGGCUUCCAAGGUCAACGAGGCGGUCAUGGAGGCUACUCAGGCGGAGGAAGAGCUUCGGAGAAGCUGGCGAUUCCUACCUUUACCGGCGUGGAGGCGCAUGACGCUUCUCCCGUCCCUGCCUCUCAGCAGGGACUCGUCCUCUACCAGAACCUGGGCGGCAAAGCGUGGAUUGCGGCCGAAGAACUUUCGGUCCCUCGCCUGGGAUCGAGCGAUGGGGUGAGCUAUUUCGUCGCGUGGAUCAACGCGAGGUUCCUCGACCUGGAGGUGGCCCGCAUCGGCAAGGCGUUCUCGGACUUCUUUCGGCGCCUUAAGAGGCGGGCGGGGCAAUCCAUCAGGGAGUAUAACACCGAAUACGAUCGCCUACACGCCAGGUUGCGAGAGGUUGGCUGCAGCAUCCCCCAAGAAUGUGCAGCAUGGCUAUACAUAGACCGUUUGCAGCUUGAAGAAGCCCAGGAGCUCAACUUGCUGGCGAGCGUCGGGAACGAGUACAACCUACAUCGGCUACAGCAGGCAGCGGUGCUACAUGAUCGAGGGCACCGGAAACCCUGGGAGAAUGGCAGGGCGCGCAAGCCCCACACCGCCCACUUCACUGCGGGCGGAGACGGCGGUUCUGGUGAUGAGGACCUCGGCCCGACCGAGGACAUAGAGCUUGAAGACGGAGUCCCAGAGGACGUAGCGGUGGCCUACGCGACCUACCAGAGCGCCAAGGAGAAGUACAAGGAACAGACCAAAGCGAGAGGCUACCAAGGCGACCGGGGGCCGCCUACCGCGAAGGAUGGAAACGCUCGCAAGAGCGAGCUCAGUCGCGAGGAGAAGGUGAAGUUGAUGAAGGCCAGAUCGUUUUGCGGGAGUUGUGGGAAGAAGGGCCAUUGGCAUCGGGAUCCGGUGUGCCCCAACUAUGCUACAUCGGCUCAGGGCGCCGCCAAGACUGCGCCAAAGGAGGUCGAGAUGUGCCACCAUGUUCCCGCUGAGGUUUUCUCCUUGAAGCAUGACGGGGCCGCGCUCUUGGGCAUCACCGAUACGGCGUGUGCUAAGGCCGUGGCCGGGACCAUGUGGCUCCAGCAGUAUAGCGACGCCUUGAAGCUCAUCGGCCAGAGUCCCGAGCUGAUUCGAGAAUCCGAGGCUUUCAGAUUUGGGACUGGGAAGGUACACCACUCGUUGUUCCAUGUGCUCAUUCGUUUUCGCCUCGGGAACAGGACCGUCGAGAUGAAGACCUCCAUCAUCAACGGCGACGCGCCUCUUUUGAUGUCGAAACCAGCCUUAGCACAGUUGGGGAUGGUUUAUGAUGUUGCAGAGAACCGGGCCGACUUCACGAAAGUGGGCCUCCGGAACUUUGAUUUGGUGACCACCUCUUCCGGUCACCCUGCUAUCCCGAUUAUCCCGGCGAAGCCGGAGCAUGGAGCUGAGUUCUCCCCGAACGAGUUCACAACGACGCCCAACUGUCAGGAAAGCCGCUUGAGACCGCAGUCGAUCAGUGGAAGUGCAAUCGUGAUGAAAGCUCUUUUCCGCUGCUCUGGGUUGGCAGAACCUCUUUCGCGAAAGUGCGAUCUAGCUCGACGCCCCUUCCCUCGUCGCCUUCGUUCGGAAAUGGCAUGCAGCAAGCCGCCGGCGAUUUCGAAGAUGACCAAGGCCGAGCUCCUCAGCGAGUGCAACCGGGUGGGCUUGGUGGUCCAUCGCAAUUGGACUUGCGAAGAGAUCAAGGCGACGAUCAUGGAGCACCGCAUGAACGACCCGCACCAACAGCAGGCCUCGGUGAUGAAGUCGGUCACCAGCCUUACGCUGCCGAAGCUCAAGGAGAAAGCCGACCAGCUGGGAGUUCAGUACCCCAGCCAGGUGACGAAGGGCAACCUCAUCCGGCUCAUCAGGGACCACACGAAGACGCCCGGCACGGAGCUGAUGAAGAUCGGCAAGUUCAAGGGCUACGAGUACCAAGAGGUGCCGAAGUCCUACGGCAUGUGGGCAGCGCGCGAGAUCCGGAUGAGUCCGAACCCACAUGUGGAACUUGUUCGUUUUGCCCAGUGGUGGGAGGCGAAGGAGUACGAGACCCACUACGGCGACCGGGGCACGAUCGAGGAGAACGCGACGGUGCCGUACCCUUUGGACACCAGCAGCGUGGCGGCGUCGUCGGGGACAAGCUGGGACGUGGUGACCGAGGGCCGCUCACACGUGGAGAACCGCGACCUGACGAUCCCCGCGAGCAAGGAUCUACCACACGACCCGAGGACCACGAAGCGCGGGAACCCCCACGGCGACCUACCGGAGAUGGAGGCGGAAGCAGACCCCGCGACCCUCGAGGAGAUCCGUGCCCUGGAAACCAGACUGGCGGUGCUGAAGCAGAAAGCGAAGGCGAGCUCCGCACCGCCCAAGGUCGGCGCCAACAACUACAUGAAGGAGAAUGCCAAGGGCACGACCGACCUGAUCGUCCACUACCUCAUGAAAAAGGGCACGUUUUUCGACUUCGGCGAGAUCUUGAUGAUCUUCGUGAAGAUCGACAAGGGCAAUAUGAGCACGACCACCGAGCACAGGAAUGGAUGCUGCGGGGCCGACUAUCAUGCCGGCCUGCACGGGAUCUUCGUGUCCAACGAGGAGUUUGAGCGCGGCAUUGUCAACAACACGGUGAACUUUGCCUGCCAGACCGCGACCAAGCAGCACCGCGACGAGUUCACGGCGGCCCUCCUCAACAAGGACUUCGACUUCAACACCCUCGGCAAGCUCUUGGACACCCUCGACUACGACCCCGUUAAGGCGACAAGGGACGGUGUCUUUGGCGGAAAGACCGGCGAUAAAGUCAACUACUUCACCUAUGGGAUGUUCACCCACGGCGGCGUUGUUGGAACUACGACCAAGACCCGGGAGCACGACAACGUCGCCCGCUACUUGAAUGGUUUCGCCCGGCACCACCUUGGUGACAAGGCCACCUGGUCUUCAGUGAGUUUGUCGCGCAAUACCGGGACUGAGGUGCACCACGACUUCAACAACCUCAAGGGCACGGCGAACUUCACCGUUUCGCUUGGACAAACAAAAGGGGGCGGCCUGUGGAUCGAGGACAAGUCGGUGACCGAGAGCGACACCUACGGCGUCAAAUGGAGGAGGACCGGAACCGGACAAUGGCUGCCCGGGAGAAUCCACGAUACCAAGAACAAGUUUGUUGAGUUUGAUCCCUUCCUCAAACACGGCACGGAAGCAUGGAGUGGGAACAGAUGGUCCGUUACCUACCACACCACCCGCAACCUCUACAAGGCCGGCGACGAGAUGAAGAAGUUCUUGCGAAGAUGCGGGUUUCCGUUGCCAAAAGGGACCGGGCGUUCUACUGGAGAGGCCAAGCUCGGCAACAAGCCGAGGGCGAGUGUACGGCGGAGUAUCUUCAACAAUGCGGCCCGGAUCAGCGUGAUGAUGGCGACCCUCAUAUCCGCAGCCGGGAACUACCUCACCGAGCACGUCCAUCCACAGGUCCAGCGGAACCCGGUCGUGCUCUUCGAGAUCGGCGACACGGAGAGUACCCAGCAGGCAGCCGAGCUGGGCAAGGAUGUUUUCGAGCCAAUGACAUGGGAGCGUUACCGCUCCCCUGAAGGAAAGACCGACGCCUUCCACAUCGUGAACGGUGGGACUCCGAGAGAACUGCGACUUCACUUGGAUGGGAAGUCCACCGAGUGCGACGAAGCCCUCCUCGAGCUCAUGAAGCAACAGGUCAACGAUGGAGGGACCGUGGUGCUCAGCGGCAAGGCCGGCGACACACUCUUCGAGCACAUCGACAAGGACCCUAGCUUGCUAGAUUGCAAGCAGCAUGGCAACGAGGACGGGCUCAAGGUCUUCAUGGUCUUCUUUAAGGGCAAGGAGGCCACUCAGCGCGUCAAAGGUCCCGGGCGAGUUCAUGAAGUGAAAGUGGUCUCGUCCGAGGAACCGGGACAGGACAACGAAGCACUGGCUAUGGGAGCGACGGGAAUAUCCUUUGGCAAGGACACGCCGAGGCCGGUGGCCACAGCUCUCCGUCGCCUUCACCAGAACCUGGGUCAUCCCCGACAAGAGGACCUUAUCCGCCAUUUGCGUUUGGCGGGCUGUGACCAGUCUGUCCUGAAAGCAGCUAGGUCAAUGCGGUGCCAGGUCUGUGAAGCCAACGCGGCCCCGAAGAUAGCGCGUCCGAGCACUAUUCCACCCAUGGCCGACUUCAACGACACGCUGGGCCUCGACCUGUUCUUCUGCCACGACACGGACGACGUCAAGCACGCCUUCCUCUCCGUAGUCGAUUACGGGACCACCUACCAUACCGUGGUAAAGCUCGAUGGCCAAUCCGGCGAAGACAUCGAGGCUAAGUUCAAUGAGAUGUGGCUCGUUCCGUUCGGGCCCCCGAAAGCCGUCGUCAUCGAUCUGGAGGGCGGCUUGCAAUCGGCGCUUGGGCGUGUUUGCGACUGGCAUGGAAUUGGAGUUCGGAGCGUAGCGACCCAAAGCCACUGGCAGGCUGGAGUUGUUGAACGGAAACAGGCCUGGUGGAAGCACAUCUGGCAGAAGAUCAGCUACCAGCUCUCCAUCGGCGAGGACGAAGUGAAUGUGGCGGUGCCGAUUAUCAGCUCCGCCAAGAACGACCUUCGCAGGAGGUGUGGAUACAGUCCAUCGCAAUGGGUCUUUGGAAAGGCCCCGAGGGUUCCCGAAGAUCUCCAGGACCCCGACGGCGGUGGGCACGUUAUGUGGGACGUCAGCGAGGAUGCCAAGUAUCAGAGGCAGUCGGCCAUGAGAGCAGCUGCCCGCGUCGCUUUCCACGAAAGCCAGACCGACGGCCGUCUGCGCAAGGCCCUCCUACAAAGGACCCGUGUUGCGGCCCGUCCUCUUGAUGUCGGGGAGAGCGUGCACUUCUGGCACAAGCCGAAGAACAGGCGGCAAGGAUGCUGGAGUGGCCCUGCGGUCAUCGUCGGCAAGGAAGGCGGCAACUACUGGAUUUCUAAAGGAGGGCGGUGUCGACUCACCUCAGCCGAACACCUUCGUCCCACCACAGGAGAAGAGGUGGGAGCUUUGUUGGCGAUGAAGGGGACCCAGAAAGAAGCAGAAAUGCUUCUUAACCACGACCCCGACGGAGACGAGGCGUUUGAAGAGGACUUGGAGGAGCUCAUGCGCGACAUCGAUGAGGAGAUGAGCUGGGCCGGUGACGAAGCCGACCAACCUGUCGACGACCUGGAGAUGGAAGGGGACCUGGAGCUGGAACCCCUACGUGAACAAGAUGCCACGCCGGUCCCGAAGCGCAGGUUGAAGAGGAAGACUACGGCGGCCGAGCUCAACCCAGACCGCCAUGAGGCAAUGAUGCUCAAGACCCACUUAACUACUCGUGGCCUCGAGAAGCGCAAAGAGAAGGAGCUCAAGUGGUCGGAAAUUCCGGCCGAGGUCCACGAGAAGUUCCGCGAAGCAGAGGCGACCCAGUGGAAUGAGCAUCUGUCAUUUGACGCUCUACAGCCGUUGUCGGUGGCUGAAAGCGAUCGAGUCCGCCGGGAAGUUCCAGCCGAGCGAAUUCUGAGGAGCAGGUGGGCCUACAAGGACAAAAACUGGGCUCGCAGACGCGAAGGGGAGGAUGUACCCUGGAAGUGCAAAUCCCGGCUUGUGAUCGCCGGACACACUGAUCCGGACCUCACCGACGAGAACCUCAGGCUGAACACGGACGCCCCUACAUUGUCCAGGAGCGGGCUCGCCUGUAUGCUCCAAAAGACCGCGGACGGCCUCUUGGAAGAAGACCCCUGGACGCUGGCUGCAGGAGAUAUAAGGUGUGCGUUUCUCACCGGAAGCUACCUCUCCCGAGAACUGUACAUGCACCAGCCAAAGACCGGGUUUCCUGGACUGCUUCCAGGACAACUGGUGAAGAUCAAAAAGAAUGUCUUCGGCCUGGCCACCAGUCCUCACACCUGGUGGCAGGACCUACAGAAUGGGAUCAACGAGGUCGAGGUCAAGAUCCCCGAGGACACCGACGCCUACCGCUUCGAGCCCUCCGCCAUGGACCCGUGCGUCUUUGCUCUGCGCAAGUGGGACGGAGAAGAGUUCUACGGCAUCCCUGUUGCCUACUUGGGGUGUCAUGUGGAUGACCUGCUGAUCGCCGGGCCAAGGAAGCUCCAGCACAUCAUUCAGCAGGCGCUCGCCGGAAAGUUCGAGAUACAGACCUGGGAGGCCGAUGACUUCGAGUUCCUGGGUUCGAGGAUCGUGGUCGCCACCGACCGCAUCAAGAUGACCCAGGAGAAGUACGCGGAGACUCGCCUCUUUACCAUCGAGGUCCCUGCCGGCAUCGACGACAGCGAGGCCGCUCCGCAAGAGUUGUCUAGUGACAACCGCAGCCUGAUAGGCGCUCUUUCCUGGAUGAGUGCUCAGACUCGCCCUGACUUGACAUGCUCCGUCAGUAUGGCACAGCAGUUGCAAAAGGCUCCCACCUAUGGAGACAUCAAGUUCACCAACGCCAUCGCGACGAAGGCCUACCAGUACCGCGAGCGAGGACUUGAGUUCAAGCCGAUCCCAAAGGGGAACCUGAUGAUCCUCGUCUUCCACGAUGCGGCUUGGGCGAACGUCCCGGAGGCAGACCCCGAGGAAGACUACUACGUGCUCACACAGCAGGAGAACAUCGAUGGCCUCCAGACCGAGGGGCCAUCUGCGAACGGCUGUGUGAGGAAGGCCAAGAAAGGGAACUCCAAGGUCGCGUCGCAGCUUGGGAUCCUGGUGAUGUUUGCCGACAGGGCAGCCCUCGCUGGACAGGCCGGGAACGCCAAUGUGGCGGACUGGAAGUCUCGAGCGGGACAAAGGGUUUGCAGGAGCACCUUCGGCGCGGAGACCCAAGCCUGCGCUGAGGGACUUGAGACGGGACAGUAUGUGAGGUCUAUGUACGAGACCUUGCUGAAAGGGGUCAUGACGGCCGUGGACGCUGCUGAGCUGCCCAUCCUCUGCCUGAGCGACUGCAGGUCGUUAUACGACCAUUUGAACAAGCAAGGCAUCCCGAGGGUGCCUAGCGACAAAAGGUUAGCUGUGGACCUAGCCGCUCUGCGACAAGGGCUGCGCUCCGAGAAGUGGAACGACAGUCUGCCAAUCGCAUGGAUACCGGGAGCGCUCCAAAAGGGAGACGUCCUUACUAAGCCCCAGAACCCAUCUGACUGGUGGGACAGCAUUUCAACAAAGCUUCUUUUGCCUCUCGCCAUAGGGCAAGAGGGGGUUCUGAUCAGCAACAGGACGGUGAGACAGAGAACCAGUGUGAAACUUGAUGGUACUGUUAUGCUUGGUAGCAUCUUUCCUUUCGAGUACUUCAUCGUAUGA